CUCAAACCACCCGUUGAUUCAGGUCUUGCUUCUGGCCACUGGUAAACAUCUCCUUGGCUCACGCUCUUUUAUCGAUACCUUGUACCUCGUUAAGAUGUUGAAGUCGUAGGUUUUUCCAUGCAAAACAAAAAUGGCGGUUGUUGGAGGAAUUUCCGAAUGUAAGGGCAAUAAUAACGGUGUCGAUUUCGAUGACCUUGCUAAAUUCUCUAUUGCGGAACACAACAAGAAGGAGAAUGCAGCUCUAGAGUUUGUGAAAGUAAUAGAAACAAAGGAGCAGGUGGUACAAGGUACCAUGUAUUAUAUCAAAUUGGAAGCAAAUGAUGGUGGUGAGAAGAAAACUUAUCAAGCCAAGGUGUGGGUUAAGCCAUGGGAGAAUUUCAAGGAAUUGCAGGAACUCAAACUUGUUUGAUGCUGCCACCUCACCUC